CAUGUUCAACGAAAAACAGAUAGAAACUGCAUUACCCAGAAUUCCAGAUGAGCUAAAAAAAAACCCUGAGGGUCAAAGUUCGAUUAAAAAGUCAGAAUCGUUUGCUCCUUUGGUUUGGGCAUGGCAUCAGACGGAUUAGGGGGACCAGAGGACCACAGAGAUGAUGGGACCCACUUCACAGAGGCAGGGGUCCCCGUUGAUUCCAACAGUGGCAAAGUCACCCUAAAAGCCACAGAAGAAUCAGCACAACGGGAUGAGGAUGGGGUCAACGUGUGCCAAUUUUUCCUGAUGGGAAAGUGUCAUUUUGGCCACAGAUGUCGCUUGACUCACAGUGACCCAUCAAUAGAUGAUUCAGGGUCUGCGCCUCCUGACCAAAAUGACGAACAGGAUCGAGAGAAGGUGGAAAAACAAAAGAGGAAAGUCAACAAAGCAACAAAGCCAAAAUACAACGAGGCGAAAGAGGUGAACAAAAAGCCUCGCAUGCGCACAGCUGAUGAAGUUAUCUCUCGGAUUCUGUGGGACCCGUCAGUGGAUUCAUCCGAAUUCUUAGUGGGGUAUGUGGAUCGCUUUCUUGGUGUGCUGGAACGUCCUUUCAAUGACUUCAACUGGGACACCGACCUCUGCGACUGUGAUUACUCUACUGAGAUGGCCCUGCCCAGACACAGGAUCCAGUACUUCACCUACAGAGGGCACCGGGUCUGGGACCGCCACAGCAGGACUGACAGGGUGUUUGGUUCCACUGGUCAAUCUCUGGCUCCCCCCUUUGGAGGAGAGGCGGAAGUAAAGGAAAUAAACACAGAAGCCCAAGAACAACAACAACAAGACCUCCUUAAUACAACAGAGGAGCAGCCACCUGCUGUCCGUGGGCAGGAAGAGAGUAAAACAGAGGACUGCAGUAAUACCAAGAACACACAUCUGGAGGAAGAGAAGCCGAGUGAGAGGAAUACUCAUACCCCUGACUCAGCACAAGCAGCUCCAAAGUGUAGAGGAAACACUUCUCAGGAGCAACAGGAAUCACGAGGAGCACGUGUUCUGGAGGAGGCUGUAAUUAGACUUGAGGUUUCAAUAGAUCAAAUGUCCUUACCACAAAACGAAGGAGCUUGUGUAAACGAGGAGGGUGAGGAAAAGACCUCUGCAGAAUGGCAAGAAAGCUGGGAGGAUGAAGAUGCUACGAGCCAGAAUCCAUCAGCACCUCUGGAGCAGAGAGAGGAGGUGCAUGGUGGUGGUCGUCCUCCAAAGAAACAACCCACUCACUUCAUCACCUUCAGGGCCAACACUCCCGCUAUCCUCUCUUCUUUCCAGCAGCUGCAGGAGGAGAUCACUUCCCUUCUACCCUCCUCUGCUCCUUACUGGCAGACUGCGUCCAGCCUUCACGUCACCCUGUGCCUCCUGUCGCUGCCCGGCCCGGCUGAGGUAGCCGCUGCCAGAGAGAUCCUCCGACGGUUUGCCCAUUUGGAUCGAAACCCCCCCGUGGCUCUAACCUUCCCUGUGAGACUGAAACAUUUCAAUGGGAGGGUGCUGUUCCUGAGCCCCCAGCCUCAGCUUCAUCUCCAGCAGCUCAACAGCGGCCUGCAAGAGGCCUACAGGAAGGAGGGCUGGCUCCACAGGGACUCCUACAACCCACGCUACCACCUCACACUGGCCAAGGUAGAUGGCAAGGAGGGAGACAGGAUUUUUGAAGAGGUGGGGCACAUGAAGGUGGGGAAGGGUUUAAAUUUUGGCCGUCUACCAGUGAACACCUUACACCUUUGUGCCAUGGGCGGUCCCAAAGUAGAUGGUUUUUAUGAGACUGUGUGCACAGUAACUCUUAGAUGAUAGAAGAGUGUCCCAUUUUACACACUCACAAAUGCACACACACACACACACACACACUACAUAGAUGCAGGUUAGCACCUAAUGGGUAUGACUGGAUAUAAUACCUCUGACAUUUGCACUGGCCAUGUGGCCUUAUCUACUAAAUAAGUGUGUGUUUUAAGUUAAGUUAAUUCAGAUAAGAUACACUUGAAAUGAUAUCUUGGGUAAAACAAACAUUUUUAUAUGAAGUCCUAAAAGAAGUAAAAUGUAACGUGCUGUGGGACUGCAGCACAAUGGCAAACACACAAUUUUCAAUUAUUCUAAAUGUUUUUAAGAUGCGAGUGGAUUCCACUACACUUAAAUUACAAUAUGAUUCAAAUACAUGUAUUUACCUUAUUGAAUGCCUUUUAAUCCAUUAAGGGCCUACAUUAGAUGUCAUUAAUUCCCUAGUUCUAGCUUUUCCACUGUAAAGACAUGCUGAUGCUGCUGUACUAUGUCUUAUGUUAUAGUAAUAUUAACAUGCAAAUGUGUGUUUUUUGACUGUUGGUUAAAAUAAAGAGGCAAUUUGAAGCAA